AGGUCAAUAGGAUAUAAUGUGUUUAGGGACCGCACUCUUUUCUGGGGGUGCGGAUUGACAUGCUAUCUGUGGAAGGCGCGCCGCGGCGUGGCGAGGCUCCAACCUGUCAGAAGGGAGGGUCGGUAUUGGGCUCUGUGUCAAAUUAUUGUUCUUUGGUAAUAAAUAAACACUCAGAAAUCACUGGGACACCAAGGCCAGCGACAGCAACCAUGGAUGAAGAAUAUGAUGUGAUUGUCCUGGGGACUGGACUAAAGGAAUGUAUCUUGUCUGGAAUCAUGUCAGUGAAUGGGAAAAAGGUGCUUCAUAUGGACCAAAACUCUUACUAUGGAGGAGAAAGUGCUUCAAUAACACCUUUGGAGGAACUCUACAAAAGGUUCAAAGUCGCUGGUGGUCCUCCAGAAUCCAUGGGAAGAAGCAGAGACUGGAACGUUGAUCUGAUACCCAAAUUCCUCAUGGCAAAUGGACAACUUGUUAAGAUGCUGCUUUACACAGAAGUCACCCGUUACUUAGACUUUAAGGUGGUAGAAGGAAGUUUUGUAUACAAACUGGGGAAAAUCCACAAAGUCCCUUCUACUGAGACCGAAGCUUUAGCUACUGAUCUCAUGGGGAUGUUUGAAAAACGCCGUUUCCGAAAACUCUUGUUAUUUAUUGUUGGUUUUGAUGAGAAUGACCCUAAAACUUACCAAGGCAUUGAGCCCAAAAAGACCACAAUGCGUGAAGUCUACAAGAAGUUUGACCUGGGGCAAGAUGUCAUUGACUUCACUGGACAUGCACUGGCUCUUUACAGAACAGAUGAUUAUUUGGAUCAACCAUGCCUGGAUACGAUCAAUCGAAUUAAGUUGUAUAGUGAAUCAUUGGCUCGAUACAGCAAGAGUCCUUACCUCUAUCCACUCUAUGGACUUGGAGAGCUGCCUCAAGGCUUUGCUAGACUGAGUGCCAUCUAUGGGGGUACUUAUAUGCUCAACAAACCAGUGGAUGAAAUUGUGUUUGAAAAGGGCCAUGUUGUUGGUGUUAAGUCUGAAGGGGAGGUAGCCCGUUGCAAGCAGCUGAUUUGUGAUCCCAGCUACGCACCCAAACUGGUGAAGAAGGUCGGAAAGGUUAUCAGGGUCAUUUGCAUCCUUAGCCAUCCAAUCAAAAACACUAAUGAUUGUCAUUCCUGUCAGAUUAUCAUCCCACAGAUGCAGGUCAACAGGAAGUCAGAUAUCUAUGUUUGCCUCGUAUCAUACACACACAACGUGGCAGCUGAAGGAAAGUACAUCGCCAUCGUUAGCACCACAGUGGAGACUAACAAUCCUGAGAAGGAGGUUCAGCCGGCAUUAGAGCUUUUGGAACCCAUUGACAAAUCGUUUGUUUCGAUCAGUGACUUGUACCAGCCAACAGAUGAUGGAAAAGAAAGUCAGAUUUUCAUCUCUAAUUCUUAUGAUGCAACCACCCACUUUGAGACGACCUGUGAUGACAUAAAGAGCAUUUACAAACGGAUGACGGGCAGUGACUUCGACUUUGAGAACAUGAAGCGCAAACAGAACGACGUGUUUGGAGAUGAUGCGUAGUAUACGUACUCCACACUGCACUCCCUUCAGCAGCACUUUCACAUGAGAAUUACUGACAAAAUUGUUAGUGGGUUAGAUUGUUAUUUACUGAAAUACGUGCAGUUGUCCAAAGAAACUCCUGGCUCUUCGAUCUGGUUUUCAAAUCUUCUGCUUUUCUUCAGGUUGGGGGAAGGGGCGGGGAAGAUGAAUCAAGAUUCUACGUUCAGUCUGGUCAGUGGCACCCUGUUGAGAUUACUCAUGCGUAUCAUACAUUAGUAUUGCUGUUAUGGUGAAAUCAGACUUGAGGCCCAGCUAUCUGAAGCUUAGGGCUCCCUUUCACUAAAUGCCUGAUAUUUGUACGUGAGUAAAUUCCACAUCUUCCGCUAAGUGCUGAAUACCAUUGCUGUGAAAUUUCCCUUCUCUGGCCCUGCCUCCAUGCAUAGUAGAUCGACAGGCUAAGCAUCCUUUUACACAACACUACAAGUGCAUGGUUAAAUCUACUGAUAAAAUCCAGUUAAGCCUUUGCUGUUUUGUAAAUAUUUCUAAUCAAUGGGGAGGGGGAGAGAAUGAUUAGUAUCUUCCUCAGAUACUCCCGAUGACUUGACCUCCACGAAUCAAGAACCUGUCAACCUCCUCUUUAAACAUAUCCAGUGACUCCGACAGAUUCACCAUCCUAUGGCUGAAGAAAUUCCUCCUCAUCUCAGCUCUAAAGAGAUGUCUGUUAUUUUGAGUCUGUGCCAUUGGAUCCUAGGCUCUCUCAAUAAUGGAAACAUCCUUUCUAUGCAGACCUUCCUGCUUUUAGUAAAUUUUAAUGGGAUUUCCUCCCUCCCCCGCCCCCCUCCCCCCAUUCUUUUGAACUUCCAUUAAGUACAGGCUCAGAGACCUCAUGCUCCUCAUUCAUUGAGCCUUUCAUUCCCAGGAUCAUUCUUGUGAAUCUUCACAUCCAUCCUGUCAAGGUUAAAUGGGACCAGUUUGAUGAGCACCUUGACUGUCAUGGACAUGUUGGGCUUGAAGGGCUCGUUUCCAUGCUCUGUAAUUAAUGUAGAGUUCAUUUAAAUGGGUCAGCAUAAACUCACUUGCAUGCUGUAUCGUUCUAUCAUUUUUAUUAUUGAAAAACAUUUAUGGAAUCUCAAACUUUGGAGAUUUAUACCAAUCCGUUUCCAUCAGGGCUAAUUAAAGGAUGCAGAGUGAUAUUAACAAGGGAAGAUUUUUAUUGAGCACGUUGUGAAACAUUGGGGUUGUUUUUUCUUCAGUAGAGGGAUUAGGUCAGAGUGAGUUUUGGAGUAUGUCUUUGGUAGAAGCUAGCACUUGUCCUUUUACUGAAAGGGGACCACUCUUUCCGUCUUUAAAGCCCCUGCCCCCCCCCAACCAUCCUCACCGCCUUUCUCUGAGCUCAGGUGAGUCAGAGAGAAACAAGUUGCAGUGACCUGAGCAGAGACCUCUGAAUGAAGGACCAGAAAACCAAGGUUUUUCAUUCUCAAAGUGUCAUUAUAAUGUUACACCAGUUACUGCAACAGAGCAGACCAGGACUGAGUGGUGCAACAAUGGAUGCUAAUCCUUGAUUUUUUUUCCCACGGAUUGAAAAAUAUUUAUAUUGGCCUGUCAUCAAUAGUUUGCAUAAGCCCCUAGAUGACGUCCUGUUUGAAGAAAAGGCAAAAAGCCACUUAAUUCUUUUAGUUUUCUUUCACUGUUCUUAAUACCAAAUUGGCUGAAACACUGGUUGAAAACUGGAAACGUAGAGUGAAACAGAGGCAGGAAGGGAAGUCCAGAGUCCUGAGAGUUGUUGUGGGUUCCAGAAACUAGAUCCCAAAGAAGUUUAUAAAUCGCCUAAUUUUUUAAAAUGUAAUGGCAGAAACAUUUUCUCAUGUGAAAGAGCAAGUGGACUGUUUUAAUUAAAAAGGUUUAAAAUAACUUGUUUAUGAUGUGACAUAACUGGAUUUGACUCAAUGUGUAUGGGUAUAGCUCCUUAGUAUCUCAUGCUUUAUAGAGAGUUUCUAUCCUGUAGCUGAGAGCUUGCAUUCUACCUGUGGUGAAUACACUCGUAUUUCCAUGCACAUUACCCUACAUCUCCUAUAGAGUAAAACUGGAAAUGGCAGUCAGCAUAAUAACUUAUUUAUUCCCACACACUAGUUAACUAACUGGAGGAACUCCAGUCAGUAUUAACUAGUUCUGCUUUGUUCUAUCCUCUAGAAAGCUGUGUACACAUGCAAGGCAAGAUAUUCCCGUGACAGAAUGACAACUUUAUGAAUUACCUUUACAUCUUGUUCGUUUAUUUGCUGGGUUCUCUAAGCUCCCUAAAUUUCAAGGAUUAAUUUGAUUUAUUCUUGAUUGGUAACACAGUAAACAAUAAUAUUGUCCAUACAAUCUGGGGACCUCCUUGAAGAUGGACUGAGAAGAACCAAUGAGGAGUACUUUGAGGGAUUGGGUCAGAGUGAGUUUUGGAGUAUGUCUUUUGUGUCAGUAACUUGGACUGAGAAAUUGAAUGCACAGUGGUCUGUUUUGCAUCUGAUACCAAAGUAGGAAUGACUUACUAAUAAGGCAGUGACUUGGACAAGAUACAUUAACUAGAUAUUAGAAGGUGUUUCACAAAGGGGGAUCUUUCAGUUACUCUACAAAAUGAAGUGGUUAAAGACCAACUUGAAAGGGAUCUCAGAAUUUUAUUAGAAGUGGAUGCUAAACAUACAAGCAGCAAAGGUUAAAUGCGAAGCUCACUUCUUGAGUACUAGGCAGCAUGGUGGUGUGGUGAGUAGAGCCGUGAAUUCCCAGGUUCAGUCCUGACCUUUGUUUCUCCCUGAGUGUGUGGGUUUCCAUCCCAGUUUCCUCCCCAUCAUGAAAACUUGCAGUCUAGUAUGUUAAUUGUUCACUAAAAAUUUCCCUUUGUGUAUAGGUGGGUUGUAGAAUCUAGUAGGGGUACUGGUUGAUAAGAAUAUGUGUGGAGAUCCUGUCAGAGUGAGAAAUGGCACUGGUAUUUGGUUUCUCAUUUCCUCCACUGAACAUAGGAGUUGGUCAAAAAUGUCACAGUGCAAGUCAUUGUACUGGACACUCAGCUCUCCAGUGUAUCCAAGUUGCCCUACUUUGCCAGCAAGCUUUGCUGGCAAAGGCUUUCACUUCAUCUUUACCUCAUCCAAUCAAACAAGAUGAGCACCAGUGGAGAGUCAGUACCUUCACUGUAGAGGCCAGAUGUUACUAUCCAUCUUGCGUUUUUGUGUGGUGGCACCAUUCUUAGAUCUUACUAAGAGUUUAAUACAGUAUCACUACAAAUUUCCAUCAAUACCCAAUAGGUCAUUGUCAGUAGCAUAACUACUAUUUAAACCAAGUUGACAGAGAAUGAGACUUCUUUAACGACAGCCGCAUAUCAUAGUGUAAUGGAGUGAACAGAGAACAUUGUCAAAGCCCUGUUGUGUAGUCAAGAGUCCAGUACUGGGGUUCCUGAUGUUCUGUACCAAUACAAUUUUAAAAACUGAUAAACAUGCACAGAAUUCUGGAGGAAUUCAGCAGUUCAGGCAGCAUCUUUGUAGGGGAAUAAACAGUAGACAUUUUGGGCCAAGGCCCUUCUCUGAAAUUCUAAUGAAGGGUCUCGGCCUGAAGUCAUAGUCAUACUUUAUUGAUCCUGAGGGAAAUUGGUUUUCGUUACAGUUGCACCAACCAAGAAUAAAAAUAGCAAUAUAAAACCAUAAAUAAUUAAGUAGUAAUAUGUAAAUUAUGCCAGGAAAUAAGUCCAGGACCAGCCUAUUGGCUCAGGGUGUCUGACCCUCCAAGGGAGGAGUUGUAAAGUUUGAUGGCCACAGGCAGGAAUUACUUCCUAUGACGCUCUGUGUUGCAUCUCAGUGGAAUGAGUCUCUGGCUGAAUGUACUCCUGUGCCCAACCAGUACAUUAUGUAGUGGAUAGGAGACAUUGUCCAAGAUGGCAUGCAACUUGGACAGCAUGUUAACUGUUUAUUCCCACCAGAGAUGUUGCCUGAGUUGCAAAGUUCCUCCAGCACUUUGUGUGUUUUGCACUGACUUUCCACCAUCUGCAGAAUCUCUUGUAUUUACAAUAAAAACGGAUCAAUUGGUUACUCGUAAGUUUACUGUUUGUGGGAUUAUGCUGUUUCUCAAACUUUGUCUUGUUUGCCUAUAUGAUUCAUGCCUUAGUAAUUAAUAUAUUUAUUCUGGAAUAUUUGUGGGACAGCCAGAGUUUUAGAAGGGCAAUAUCUGAAUGCAAUCCCAAAGAACAGUUAUGGCUAUGAAAUGAUGAACCUGCUUAUUGAGAACUGGCAGAAAACUCCUUGUUGUGAACAUUAUAGACUGUUGGACCUUCGCUGGUACAAGCAACCUUCCAUAUAAUCAUAUAACAAUUAUAGCACGGAAACAGGCCAUCUCGGGCCUUCUAGUCCGUGCUGAACUCUUACUCUCACCUAGUCCCACCGACCUGCACGCAGCCUAUAACCCUCCAUUCCUUUCCUGUCCAUAUAUCUAUCCAAUUUAACUUUAAAUGACAACAUUGAACCUGCCUUGCGGUUUUAGGCACUGAGUGUGCUGGCAGGUGUUCUUGACCCCUUUUCAGACCAUGUUCAUUGUCCAAACAAGCACAGUUUCCGACAGAGACCAUUGGGUAAUAAGAGAACCACCAUCACCAACCUUCCACCUCAGCAUUUCCCAGAAUGUGGCCAAGUCAGGUUGGGAUUUCUGCAGCAUGGCUCUGCAUUAUCCAAACAAUGUGUACGUAGCUAUAGAUUUUCUGGGACCCUUAACUAUCAACAGCAGAGGAAAGAAAAGGACAAGUCUAUUUAUGGUCAGAAUGGUGUGAUCACGGCACCCUGUCAAUGAGGUUUUUGUUUAAUUCAUUUUAAAGAUUCUUGUGCUAUAACAUGAUGGUGUUCAUAACCUAUUCACAGAUUCAUAUCUAAAAGUUCUGUCGGAAUACAUGCUUGCUGUGUGUCCACUGUUGCUCUCUGAUGUAGAAUUGCUUGUCUUAAAUGGCUUGUGUAUUGCUCUGUACUGUAAACACUGUUGUAAGAAACAGCUGACAACAUUCUCCUAUCCUGACCUGAAUUAUCAAAUAUUAAAGUAUUU